AUGCAGUCUACAUCUACCCAUGUGAAGGAGGAGCCCCUCUCAGCUUCAAAACAUCUCUUGGACUUUGACAUCUUCACACCUCAUGCACAUUGUUUUUCUGUAUCUAUUAAAGAGGAACCUCUCUCUGCUGAACAAAUUCCCUCCUGCACCUCCACGCCCACACCUCACACACAGUCAACAUCUACUGAUGGUAAAGGUGAAUCCUUCCCAGCUGAGGAACAUAUCCCAAAGCCUAAUAUCUACAAAAUGGCACAUCAUACACAAUCUCCAUCUACUUAUAUUAAGGAAGAACCUCUCUCAGCUAAAGCUGAUCCCCCACACACUAACCACUCUACAACCUCAAAUGGAGUCCAACCUGCAUCCAAAAGUAAAGUGGACAUCACAUACUCUAACCUCUCCACCCCAUCAGGCCCAGUACAAUUUACAACUGUGUGUAUCAAGGAGGAAACCUGUUCUUCGGAUGAAGAACAUUUAAUUUGUUCUGACACCUCUCACAUCCAACACUCUUCAAAUUAUAGUCCUUUUUCGGAAGAGCCAUUUUCCAGAGGGUUGGAAGAGCAAGAUGCUCCUCAGCCGGAAGGCGUUGCCUCAUGUAUAUCCAGGACUGGAGAUUAUGAUGCCCAACCAUCAAGGGAAAAGGUCUUCUUCUGUUAUGAAUGUGACAGUUGCUUUAACUCCAAGUCUGAACUGGUUAGACACCAGCGUGGCCACACCGGUCAGAAGGCUUAUUCCUGUCCAGAAUGCGGGAAAGGUUUUACAACAAGCUUAUACCUCAUGAAACAUCGUAGGAUACACUCGGGGGACAAGUCAUUCGUUUGCUCUGAGUGUGGGAAAUCUUUUACCCAUAAAGCUGAUCUUGUGAUCCAUGGUCGCACCCACACCGGAGAAAAGCCCUUUUCAUGUUCGGAGUGCAGGAAACGUUUUAUUAGCCAAUCGUAUCUGAUAAAGCACCAGAGAAGCCACACGGGAGAUAAGCAGUACUCUUGUUCAGAGUGUGGAAAGUCCUUUGGUACCAACACCUACCUCAUUAUCCACCAACGAAUUCACACAGGGGAGAAGCCAUUUUCUUGCCCCGAGUGCGAAAAAUGUUUCAUCAGCGAUUCCUACCUCAGCCGACACAUGAGAGUCCACACAGGAGAGAAGCCAUUUUCAUGUGCCCAAUGUGGCAAGCGCUUCGCCAGCAACUCUCAGUUGUGCAACCACCGAAAGAGCCACUCUGGGGAACGGCCUUACUUUUGCUUGGAGUGUGGCAAAGGUUUUACUUGGCGAGCAAAACUCGUUCGACAUCAGAAGAUUCAUGCAGGGGGAGGAAAUGCAGUUGGCGAGCCAGAGGCAAGGAACAUUUCUGAUGAAGAGCAUGACAGGUUGGCUGUCUGA